AUGUUUAUUUGUAAAUUUCAGGGUGUUUACGAUUUCUGUCUAGAUGAAACAAAAGAUUCGCGCCAUAAAAAGAACAAAGAGGACAGGACACCAGAGGAACUGACUGAGACGUACCUACAUCAUAAACUGCCACCAUCAUUCCAUAGGGACCAUGUGACAAAUCCAGUUAGGUCGUUCGUACAUCGUUGUGUAGGAUGUUUACAUCAAAUGUGCUUAUUGAAACAUUCCCCUCUUUAUAUUUACUGGAUCCCAAAGGGAGAGGUCAUUGAUAAACAAAAGUUUGACAUAGAACGUGGUAAAGACGGACCUGUAUGUGACUGGACAGUGUGGCCAGCAGUAGUGCAUACUGAUGGAACAGUAUUGAAGAAAGGGAUGGUCAUUUCGGUUUAAUAAAGUUAUAAAAUUUUCAGAGUGAUUAGUUUUAUGAUCAAAUUUCAGUCCAAGUUUAUGCAGUCUGCAGUUCAAUCUAAUACACAGCAAUGAAUGAAUAGAAUAGGAGACUUAUUGCUCUUCAUUAAUGUCGUAUCGUCGUACUACUGCGCGAAGGUAAUGUUGAACUUUCGAUCACGACAGCAUGACAACACGAUUUGAUAACACGGUAACACGAUCCGAUAGCACGACAUCAUAAAUGCGACAGCAUGUACGAUAUUACGAUAAGAGGACGCGAUAAAAAUGCCUUGCUAUCGUAUCAUGUUGUUGCGCUAUUGCAUCGUUUUAUUGUUCUGUGUCAUCAUGUAAUCAUAUUGUCGCACCAUGUUAUCGUAGUACAGUCAACUCGAAA